AACAUCAACUACACAAAAAUACGUUUUGUAGUGUAUAAUCUUGAAAUUACUAUGAUAUCCCUGGAAGAGUAGUAAACCCUCGUUUCUUUUCUUUUCUCGCAAAACCUCACAAACCAAACACCCACUAAAAACCCUCUUUCAUGCGCUCUCUCAUCCACAAAACCCUAAAAGCCUCCACCUUUUCCUUCUUUCCCAUCACCAGAGCCUCAAUCACCCCUCUCCUAACCUCUCAUUUGAACCCCAAACCCGUUCGAAGCAUGAGCUCAGGGCGCAUUUUCCAGCUGAAACUCGACCCACUCACAGGUAACUCAGAAUGGGUCGUCAUCGAAGAAGACGAAGCUCCAGAUGUUCCUCCUCAACCACCCUUCUUGGCCACAACAUCGUACGUCGACAUGCUUAACGACUCUCUCCGUAACAAAGCCUUCCGCGAAGCCAUCGACAAGACCGUCACGAAACCUUGCCAUGUUCUUGAUAUUGGUGCUGGAACUGGCUUGCUAUCAAUGAUGGCUGCACGAGCAAUGGACUCCGGUAAGUCAGCAACAUGUUCUGGUUCCGAGGGUAUGGUGACGGCAUGUGAAUCGUAUCUUCCGAUGGUGAAGCUGAUGCGGAAAGUUCUGCACCUCAAUGGUAUGGAAAGAAAAGUGCGCGUAAUCAACAAGCGAUCUGAUGAACUAGAAGUUGGUGUGGAUGUCCCUUCACGUGCAGAUGUUCUUGUCAGUGAGAUCCUUGACUCAGAGUUGUUGGGUGAAGGAUUAAUUCCAACUUUACAGAAUGCACAUGAUAAGCUAUUGGUAGAAAACCCACAGACAGUACCUUACCGAGCAACUACUUAUGGCCAGUUGGUUGAAAGCAAAUAUUUGUGGAAGGUGCAUGAUUUAUACAAUAAUGAAGCAAAAGCGUCAGAUGAAAUUCAUCUCGUUCCGACAGAAAAGGAGACAAUUUUAUGUGUCAAAUCGCAACAGAUCGCCAUGCAUUGUGAUGCAAUAGAAGAUGAAAUAAAACUUCUGUCAGAACCUUUCAAAAUAUUUGAAUUUGACUUUUGGAAAAGGCCAGAAAGCCAAGGCAAAGCCAAGCUGCGCAUAAAGGCAACUAAUGAUGGUACAGUUCAUGCUGUUGUUUCAUGGUGGGUACUUCAGCUUGAUUGUGAAGGGACAAUUUUCUAUUCCACUGGCCCAAAAUGGAUAAGUUUCCCAUUCAAUAAGGAGUUACAGUCAUCAUUCCCUAGUUCAGGGGAUUGGUGUGACCACUGGAAACAAUGUGUCUACUUUUCCCCAGGAAAAGGUCUGUCCAUAUCCAAAGAUGAAGAGCUUCACUUACAUGCUAUCCAUACUGAUAUCAGCAUCUCAUAUGAAUUUGAGACUCAAGCCGAGGGAACAGAGAUUGAGCAGUAUGAUGAAUUUGCUCGAGACGAUCAGCUCAUUCUAUCACCAGAAAGAGUUGCAAUUUAUGGAGAUAGCAAUUGGAGAUAUUCCUUGUUAGAAGCUGUUAAAAAGGCUUUGCAGGGAAAAAUUUCCCCAUUAUGCCUUGUUGCAGAUGAUAGUGUUUUCUUAACAAUUGCCAUUGCUCAUCUCUCCAAAACAUCACAUGUAAUCUCUUUGUUUCCGGUGCUUCAAGAAAAGGGUGCCAAAUAUUUACAAGCAGUUGCCGUUGCAAAUGGUUACUCAAUGGAUCGAGUUGAAGUUCUUGAGAAAAGGAAAAAUAAGUUGACCAUGCAUGAUACUCAUCAGAAAAAGGUUGAGCUCUUGGUUGGUGAACCGUUUUAUUGUGGAAAUGAUAGCAUGCUUCCAUGGCAAAACCUGCGGUUUUGGAAGGAACGAACUACGCUUGAUCCAGUCCUGUCUAAUGAUGCACUGAUAAUGCCUUGUAAAGGAAUACUGAAGGCUUGUGCAAUGUCUCUUCCUGAUCUUUGGAGAAGUCGUCGCUGUUUAACAAAAAUUGAAGGUUUUGAUCAUUCUGUAGUAAAUGCCACCUUAGGGGCGUGUGGUGAUUUACCCGCAUCCCAAGAGAGCCCUUGUUUUCCCUUUUUUGUUUGGCAGUGUGGGGAGAAUAAGGGGCUCAGUGAGAUAUCUACAGUCAUGGAGUUUGAUUUCUCAAAACCCAUUAGUCCUUGUUUUGGGAAAGUCCAGGUUGAAUUUACGGAGCCUGGGAUAUGCCAUGGUUUUGUGCUCUGGAUUGAUUGGGUGAUGGACGUUGAUAACUCCAUUGUGCUUUCAACAGGACCCGAUAAAAGAUACUGGAAGCAAGGAAUUAAGCUGUUGGCCAAGCCAGUCACAGUUGGAAUCCAUGGAUCGAGUAGAGGUAACAUUUCAGCGGAAAUUGAGGCGUCCUUCAACCCUUCAAACGGUGAAAUUGAUAUCAAAUAUGCUUUCACAUAAUUCUAGAGUUGCGUUAGCUGAGCCUCUCUUCGUGUAUUCUCUCAAUUGAACUGCUGGUGCUCAAUCAUUUAUUCCCACUGUAUCGUUAGGUACAUUAGUUACAAAUUUUAUGGAAUCGUGUAAUGACGGAUUUCAGGAUUCAAUUUUUCCUACAUUGUUCAAUCUUUUCUAAUGGGUUUUGGAGCACCAUAUAUAGACUAGGAAGCAGUUCUAUUGGAUGGCUGUACAAUAAUUCUGUAUAUCAAAUAUAUAAUUUCUUUCGUGGAUU